GCUAUGACUACCGCAACGUGGGCAUCUCCUUCGGCGCCGACUACGGCUGCUGCAUCGUGGAGCUGGGGAAGACCAGGGUUCUUGGACAAGUCUCAUGUGAACUUGUUCCCCCCAAGCCAAAUCGGGCUGCAGAAGGCGUACUUUUCUUCAACCUUGAGCUCUCACCAAUGGCUGCACCUGCCUUUGAGCCUGGCAGGCAAUCUGAAUUACUGGUGAAACUGAACAGACUAAUAGAACGAUGCUUGAGAAACUCCAAGUGUAUAGAUACAGAAUCUCUCUGCGUUAUUGCUGGUGAAAAGGUUUGGCAAAUUCGUGUGGACCUGCAUCUGUUAAAUCAUGACGGGAACAUUAUUGAUGCUGCUAGCAUAGCAGGAAUUGUAGCUUUGUGUCAUUUUCGCAGACCAGAUGUAUCUGUACAAGGAGAGGAAGUAACUGUGUACACACCUGAGGAGCGUGAUCCUGUCCCUUUGAGUAUCCAUCACAUGCCUAUUUGUGUCAGUUUUGCCUUCUUCCAAGAAGGGACCUAUUUAUUGGUGGAUCCAAGUGAAAGAGAAGAACGUGUAAUGGAUGGCCUCCUUGUAAUUGCCAUGAAUAAACAUCGUGAAAUUUGUACCAUCCAGUCCAGUGGUGGGAUUAUGCUAUUAAAAGAGCAGGUUCUGAGAUGCAGUAAAAUAACAGCUGUUAAAGUUGCAGAAAUAACAGAACUAAUUCAAAAGGCAUUGGAGAAUGACCAGAAAGUUAGGAAAGAAGGUGGGAAGUUCGGCUUUGCGGAGUCUAUACCCAAUCAAAAGAUCACUGCUUUCAAAAUGGAAAGAGCUGCUGUUGAUACUAACAAUGUGGAAGAACAAGCAGAAGACAUCAUCACUAAAGCUGACCCUCCUUCAGAAGUUUUUACCAAACCAAUACUACACACCCCUGGGACAGCCCAAAUCGGGGAAGGAAUAGAGAACGCCUGGGGAGACCUUGAAGAUUCCGAGAGGGAAGAAACAGUAGAAGAGGAAGGCGAAAGUGAUGCUACUGCUUUUGAAUGUCAGAAAAUGGAAAUGGAGGAUACAAGUAUUAUGAACGAAACUGAGAAAGAUGAACCUAUUGUAUUGUCUGACAGUGAAGAGGAAGAAGUUGUCAUCCUGGAACCACAGGAAGCACCAAAGAAAACAAGAACACAGACCAACUUGAAACAAGAAAAUACAAGUAAGAAAACAUUUAACAAAAAGAGAAAAAAGAAGAGAGCUGUUCAUUAAAGCUAUCACCUGUCCUUCAGAAACACUGUAUAAUACAUAAUUUGUCUGUUGUUACUGACAUUUUUGUAGAUAAUUUUCUUCCCUCCCUCCCUAAAUUUGGGUCUGCUUCCAUGUACAUUUUACAUAUUUGUACACAUCUUUAAAUAAAGUCUGCAUAUAAAUUAAAUUC